AUGCUUGGCCCCUCGGGCCCGCCGGCCCGCGCCGCAAAGCCGACCCUGCCCCCCUCGCUCCCGCCGCUGCCACCGCCGGUCGUCACCCCGUCCCCCUCCUCCCCGCUGCCGCGCGCCUCCGACGCCGUUCUCACCGCAGGAUGCCAGCACCACACCCCGCCGCUCAAGCCGCUCGCCCGCCUCAUUGACUCGCGCUCCCAGUCCCCGCACCCGCCGCACCACGCCCCCGUCGGCCCCUUCAUCAUCGGCGUCACCGGCGGCUCCGCCUCGGGCAAGACCACCGUCUGCGAGAAGAUCAUCCACGGCCUGGGCGACCAGCGCUGCGUCCUCGUGUCUUUGGACUGGUUCUAUCACGGCCUCCCCGACGGCGUCUUGCCAGGCACCUACAACUUUGACCACCCCGACGCCUUUGACUUCGAGGCCCUGGGGAGCACGCUCGAGAGCAUGAAGACCCGCCAGCCUGUCACCGUCCCCAAGUACGAUUUCGCAAGGCAUUCCCGCGUCGAGGACAACGCCGCAGACCUCGACGCCGCAGACGUCAUCAUUGUCGAGGGCAUCCUCACCUUCUACGACCCGCUCAUCAGGAACCUCAUGCACAUGAAAAUCUUCGUGGAUGAAGACGCCGACAUUUGUCUCUCGCGCCGCAUCACGCGCGACGUCAAGUCGAGGGGGAGGAGCGUCGAGUCUAUUCUCGCCCAGUACACACGCUUUGUGAAGCCGGCCUUCGAGCGCUUCAUUCUGCCCACCAAGCGCUAUGCAGACAUCGUCGUCCCACGUGGCGGCGACAAUUUGGUCGCCAUUGACUUGAUCAUCAAGCACAUCGCCCUCAAGAUACGACAGGAGGAUUUGAGAAAGGUCUUUUCGAACCUCGUCGUCAUGUCGGAUUCUUACCAGUCGAGGGGAUUGCAUACUAUUAGCCUGGGUUUGUUGCCAUUCCAGAGAAGGACCGUCACCACGCCGAGCGGCAAGAAGUUUUGCGGCGUCGGCUUCGUGCAGGGGUUAGCCGGUGUCAGCUUGAUGCCCAACGGGGAGACGAUGGAGUCGAGCCUGCGGGACGUGUGCAACACGGUGCGCAUCGGCAAGAUGCUGAUGGCGGAAGGCGGGGAGAAAGGCGUAUCGUAUGAGUGUUUGCCAGAGGAAAUCGAGGACAAAUACAUACUGGUGCUGGACCCCGUGCUAGACUCUGGGGAGGCUUGCGAGAUGGCGCUGGCGCGACUGAUGGAGCUCGGAUGCCGCGAGGACCGCGUGUUGGUCCUGAGCCUCAUCGUGUCGCCGCAGGCCGUGACGAGGAUCUGCGCACGCUUUACUAAGGUUCAGCUGGUGGUUUCCGCUAUCGAUAAGGGUAUCGAUGCAGACGGAAGGGUGUAUCCAGGGGCGGGGGACUUCGGGACCAGGUAUUACGGAGCCGAUACGAUAUGGGGGGGAGCACGAUGA